ACGAGGAAGAAUUUGAGAACGUAUUUCCUUGAUUUGUCACCUCGCCGAUGCUGUACAUGUGACGUGCCUAUGUUGGAUUGGAUUUGCAUCGGUUGGUCUCUAUCAAGGGAUGUAGCCCUGAUCCCACACAGCUGUCGAGAAAAUGGCGGAAAAAGGCCUGUCUGGUGAUGUGGUUACAGUUUUGAAGAAAGAAGCCAAAAUCCCAGUGGCUCCAAAACAACCUGCAAUUCACGAACAUACAGGAAAUUUAGGAGACUGCCUGGGUGUCAUAGUAACAUCCAAAGAUCCUUGUGAACCAUCUGCGGACGCUGCAUCUUCAUGCACAGUUGAAGUAGAAGCACCCACAGAAGCCAUGGCAGUGUCCAUAGAUGCUACGGUCUUAUCCACUGCAACCGUUUGGUAUGUGGACCACAAUGCAACUGAACCGGAAGUGAGCAAUACCUUAGCCUUAGAGGAUAAGCCCGAAAAGUCCCCGACAGGGUCCGGAAACUCAGUAGAACUUCCCCUUCCAUGCCCUGGUGCAGGUUAUGGCAUGUCCCAAAAUGAGUACCUCACUCCAACGUACGUAGAACCUGGAAUUAAAUCAAGAUUAAAGGUACAGAGGAAGACAGGAACACCAGAAGGAGAAGAUAGUGACGAUGAUUUGGACGAUGUUUUUGAAGACCUGCAGUUAUCGUCAUCAUUGGAGAGUUCAAGCUGUUCCGAUUCGUCAGGAUCAUUUGAAAUUUCACCUGGCGGUGGGGUGUAGGAGAACUUCAGGUCAGCAGACUACCAGCGACUGCCAGCGACUGCUAGCGACUGACGAUCCUGUACGAAGCCAGAAGAAACUUUCCGGCCAUCACUUGUUCCUAUACCAAACACUCAAUAAGAUACCAUGAUCACCUAAUUUAUGAUCAUGUAUUUUCUUAAAAAAAAUUGUGCAAUAAACUUUUGAUAUGGCCAAACAUUGUUGUACUAAUAUAUUCAUUUAAGAACAUUUCAGCCUCUAUGCAUUUGAGAAGGGGUUCUGCUGUGGAAGCUCUAUGCGUAUUUUGUACGGUGCGCUUUUGAAGAACACUGUGAAAGGAAAGCGUGGAGUACCGAGUUACGGACAAACUAAAGCAUCUUUCAGAUCUGAAUGGUGUGCUAUUGUUAUUAAGCUUCCACAUGUGUACGAGGUCGUGGUGAAUUGUUUUCGUUGUCUUGAGCGUACAACGAAAAAUGACACAAAAUAACGUCAUAUAGUAGACACUAACGAUAUUUUGAUAAUCUAUCCCCAUGGUUCUAUGUUUCUCACCCCGUGCUACGAACCAACAACAUUACAACAAAAACUGACGUUUCUGUGUGAUCGUGAAAUAAUGUAUGUAUUGAACGUUGAGUUUAUAUUUAGUUUGUAAGAUAUUAUGUAUGAAUACAGACAAGACAAAUAUAAACUGCUUAAUAAAACUGCAGAUAAACUGCACACUGUAAGAAUGCAAAUUUACAAUGCAAAUUUGAAUGCAAAUUUACAGCUUAAGGCACUUUAUAUAGUUACAGUAAAUUCCCCACCUAAAUGGUGUAAUUUUACUCUAGUCGAUGUCUAUUUACAGCAUUGUUUGUAAAUCUGUAGCGGUUUGACCAUUUACAGUGCACUUUGCUGUAAAUGUUCACUGGUUUUCUUGGUAGAUAUGUAGCUGUUGUUAAUUUGCAAUGGCGUUAACUGAUUAUUUAUAAUGAUAUAUGUGAAAAUAUACUACUAUUUUGGUUGUAAAUAUUAAACAGCACAUCUUGUAAAUCUACAGUGAAAAGAGCUGGUCACAAAAUUCCUAGCACUUUUCACUGUAAAAUUACAGUGUAAUUUGCUACAGUGCACUGGACGACCUCAGGAAGAAAUUAGAGACUCUCUGUUAAGAGCAAGACGAUAACAUUUCAUUACAGUAGUUUAAUCAUGCACACUUUUGCCUGACAUGAGAAUAUAAAAACGAUUUAAAUUUCUAAUAUUUGAAUGUCAGGUUUGGCGUGUAUAAAUAAAAUGUGUAUAAACCCUAAAAUAAAGAUAAAGAGUCGUAUAACCUGAGUUAUCCAAGAAGAGAAGUGGAAACAGACCCAAAGGGUUAACAAAUUUUGUUCUCAUGUGAUUGGUAACUCAUUAAAUUUACCUGAAAUUAAUCUGGAAUUCUUACCAUGCUGCGCCAUGUUGGAGUAAGAUGAUGUCGUCUCACUCGUACGCUGCGUUCUCGGGUUACAGAGAUAACUCGUGUUGAUUGAUCAAAAUGUAUAGGAUGACGCGCUGUCGAUUUUCUCAUUGUUCGACUUUACUUACUUUGAAAUGCGAUGUCUCAGUUAUGCAACAUCAUAAUGAAAAAAAAAAGUGUUUUGUUUUUAAACUUCAUUUGGGAUACUUUAUUGACAC